CCGAGGCCAGAGAGAGAGAGAGAGAGAGAGAGAGAGGAAAAGGAGAAGCUCGAGAAUGGUGUCGAUCCCUUGGGAACGUCUUCCGUUAGGGUAUAGAUUCCGGCCCACGGAUGAAGAGCUUAUCAAUCACUACCUCAAGCGGAAGAUCAAUGGAAGCAUCAACUCUGACUCGGACGUCGUCAUCCCCGAAAUCGAUGUCUGCAAGUGCGAGCCCUGGGAUCUCCCUGAUCGGUCACUGAUACGAUCGGAUGAUGCUGAGUGGUUCUUUUUCUCGCCCAAGGAUAGGAAGUAUCCGAGUGGCAAUCGAGCCAAUAGGGCUACCAUUGCUGGGUACUGGAAGGCCACUGGUAAAGAUCGGAUCAUCCGAUCCCGGAACCGCAGUUUAAUCGGGACCAAGAAAACCCUGGUUUUCUAUGAGGGACGAGCUCCCAAGGGUGUCCGCACUCACUGGAUCAUGCACGAGUACCGCACUACCGAGCCUGAGUUCGAGACCGGUGAUCAGGGUGGUUUUGUACUUUACCGCUUGUUCGACAAAUCUGAUGAAAGGAAUUCAAGCCCCUCUGAAAUAGAGGGCAGCGGUCAAUCUGCCUUGCCAGCUUCAUCUUCUCCUGGUAAUACAUUGAAUGAAACAGAGGAAUUUAGUACUCCGCCCGACCAAGAAAUUCCAUCAAAUUUGUUGGAUGAUCAGCAGCAUUUGGCAUAUAGAUCCGGUUGCUCAGCCUCCCUUAAACAAGGAGAAAGUGUCUGCACUAGUAAUGCUGCUUCAAAAUUAGUUGAUCAUGAGACAAAUGUGGCUGGAGAAUCGGAGGACCAAGUGGUGGAGAACUUGUUGAAGUAUUUCAAUCCAGAUAAUGAGCAACCAUACCUUGAUGGCUUUACUGCGAUUAUUUCACCAAUGCAGACUUGUAAAGACUCCCCGAUCCUGAGUGAAAUGAAUCAGGAAUUGUGUAAGGAGCUAUUUCCAAAUGAUAUUGCUGAACAGGAGUCUAAUGAAUUCAGAGGAACGAUACUUAAUGGCCAGGAAGGGCAGUCUUCUCAGAGACGAGGAGAAGCAGACUUAGAACGCUUUCACAGACAAUUUCUUACUCCAAAGGAUACUUUGCCAGAGGCUCCUGCAUUUGCUGCCAUGCCUCUGCCCGAUGUUGUCGAAAAUGAAGAUUCUUUCUUCAAUUUCUAUGAAAUGGAACAAGAAUAUCCAUCUUUGGCUUUCUUAGGUGUUAGUGGCACUGCAGAUGAUCACUUGGAAAUUGAGAACACAAUGAUGGUUACAACCCAACAGAGCCAACCAGGGAUACCAGCUGAACAAUCAUCCAAUUACGACUAUCUCAUUGAUAACAAGGUAGGUCUUGGGAGCAUUGCAAGCACUGGUAUCAGGAUCAAUCCCCGACCCCCAAUGCCAGAGUCUUCGUACUCGACAGCACAGCAGGGUACAACAUCAAGGCGGCUCCGCCUGGAAACUACUCUGACAAGAAGGAACUCCGGUAAUCAAAGCACUGGUAUGAGGAUCAAUCCCCGGCCAACAAUGCCAGAGUCUUUGUACUCGCAGCAGGGUUCAACAUCAGGAAGGCUCCGCCUGCAAACUACUCCAACAAGAAGUAACCCCAGUGUGAGACCAUAUCAAAGAGGGGGAUCGAUAUCUAGUGCUGGAUCGUCUGUUAGCGUAACCCAUGCAAAUUUGAAAUGGUUGAUGUUCAUUGUUCUUCUUAUGAGCGGAUUUGUGUUCUACUGGUACCUAAGCUCGGUGUUCUUUGUUUACUGAUGUAGUUUUAGAAUUACAUGUUCAUGUUGUAGUUUUAGUUUUCUUGUGUUAAUAUUACUGUAAAUAGGCAAUUUUCAUGGCCGUAUGCUUAUUAUUCUUCGCCAUUUUGUAAUUUUGACUUUGUUGGACAGGUUGUGAUUUGAAGGAAGAGUUUCCUGCAAUUAUUAUUGUUA